CCUCAGCUAGCAUCGUUAGCUCCCAUUUUGAAAGCAGAGUGUUGACAUCCUCGCAGCUCAUGUUGGCGGGUGUUUCAGCCCGUUAGAUGCUAGUCUUUUGGUGUCGUCUCAGCCGCCGGUUGUCAUGGCAGAGGAGGACGUCUCGCUUCUGACAGAGGACAUGAAACACAGCAGUGGCACCCUGGUGCCUCCGGAGGGUUUAUGCGGGGUGUCGGUGCUGUCCUGCCUGCUGCUCGCCUGCUCUUAUGUGGGCAGUCUGUACGUGUGGAGGAGCGACCUGCCGCGGGAUCAUCCCGCUGUGAUAAAGAGACGCUUCACUAGUGUGCUCAUCGUGUCGGGCCUGUCCCCGCUCUUUGUGUGGGCAUGGAGAGAAUUCACAGGUGUCAGGACUGUCCCAUCAUUACUGGCUCUCAUGGGGAUCCGGUUUGAAGGCCUCAUUCCUGCUAUUGUCCUUCCUCUGCUACUCACUAUGGUCCUGUUUCUGGGCCCUCUCAUGCAGCUGGCCAUGGACUGUCCCUGGAGCUUCAUGGAUGGGAUCCGGGUAGCGUUCGACCCGUGGUUCUGGAUGCUGUGUUUCAGUGACAUGCGCUGGUUGAGGAAUCAGGUGGUGGCUCCGUUAACAGAGGAGCUGGUGUUCAGAGCCUGCAUGUUACCCAUGUUGGUCCCCUGCACCAGCCCCACCACUGCCAUCUUCACCUGCCCCCUCUUCUUUGGAGUGGCUCAUUUCCAUCAUGUGAUCGAACUGCUGCGCUUCAGACAGGGGACUCUGUCAGGGAUCUUCCUCUCUGCAGUGUUUCAGUUCUCCUACACAGCUGUGUUUGGAGCCUACACAGCCUUUAUCUUCAUCAGAACAGGUCACCUGGUGGGCCCGGUGCUCUGCCACUCCUUCUGUAACUACAUGGGUUUCCCCGCCAUCAGCACGGCCAUGGAGCACCCCCACCGCAUCACCGUCCUCUCCUCCUACCUGCUGGGGGUCCUCCUCUUCCUCUUCUUCCUCUUCCCCUUCACCGACCCCUCCUUCUACGGCCUCCCCACACCGGUCUGCACUCUCACAUCCUCUCCUAGCUCCCUCUGCCUCUCCUGAUCCGAGCCCC